UCGGCCGAUUUAACUCCGGUUAACUUUAAUCAGAGACGCUCAGACGGUACAACUUUCUGUCCCUUCAGUUCAUGGAUAUAAUAGAAUAAAAUCCCAUAAUCUAUUUGAUAAAGAAUAUUAAUUUAAUAAUUUGCAUAAUGACUUCACAUAUAAAUAUGAUGAGUAAAUGCAAAACUCUAUUACCAAUUUUAUCACACAAUCUUCAUAAAGGACAAUCGGGAAGGAUUGGCGUCAUUGGAGGUUGCGAAGAAUACACAGGAGCCCCUUACUAUGCGGCCAUUAGUGCGUUACGUACAGGAGCUGAUCUUGUUUAUGUGUUUUGUUUCAAAUCUGCUGCUCCAGUCAUAAAGUCAUACUCACCAGAACUUAUUGUGUUGCCAUAUUUGGACAGUCCGGAUUGUAUUGACCGUUUGAAGCCAUGGUUGGAAAAACUUCACUCUCUGGUUGUUGGACCUGGACUUGGUACUAGCCCUAUUGCUCAAGAAGCUGUGAGACGUAUUUUUGAACACAUCAGUAGAGAAUCAAAUUUUAACAAUAAAAGAAUGCCAAUAAUAGCUGAUGCAGAUUCACUUAAUGUAAUUGAACCAGAAACAUUCCGAUUUUAUAAUGGUUGUAUUUAUCUUACACCAAAUGUCCACGAAUUAACCAAAUUAUCUAGUAGACUGAUAGGGCGGCAAACCUAUGAACCAACAGUGACUGAUGUUCAGGCUCUUAUGAAUAAGUUGGGAGGUAAUUAUGUUAUAGUACUAAAAGGAGCUGAAGAUGUAAUAGCCAACAUAAGAGGGACUUUAGUGUGUACGGAACCUGGUUCGGCUAGACGAUGUGGAGGUCAAGGAGAUAUACUUGCCGGAAGUAUGGGCACUUUUGCUUAUUGGGCUUCCAAGCAAACUCACUAUUGUGAUGAAUUAGAUCCAGAAGUUCUUGCUGCUUAUGCAGCAAGUGCUCUAACUAGACAUACAAAUAAAAUAGCAUUUAAAGCUAAGGGCCGAAAUAUGAUUACAACGGAUAUUGUGGAAUUGUUACCUAAUGCCUUUCAAACUUUAUUCAGCAACUGAAAUAAAUAUAUGUUUGUUCAUAAAUUAUUUUUAUUUCAUAUUACAUUAAUUGUUAUAUAACUGAAUAAUUUUAUAAGUUUAUUUUAUUAUUGUUAUUCCUUAGUAGUAAUGUUUAUCAGUUUAGAUUGUUUUUAAGGAAUUAGUUAAUAAUCACUUAAUAAUUUUUCAGUAUGAUAUUUAAUUAUUUAAUACACAUACUCGCAGCUGCGCAGAUUGUUCUUGAGCUCUCUAAAACAAGUGAAACUACGGUCAAAUCCUGUUAGGCAAUGUAAACCGUUGGUGUCGGUGACAAUGACAGUCCCACUCUAAGUUUGGGUUUAUUGGUUUAUACAUGUUUAAUUUUAAUUUCAUUAGGUAAUACAAUUUAAUUUUAUA